AUGCUCGUGGACAUCAACUUUUUUGAAAAUUUGCAUAUCCUUGUCAUUGUUAUCAUUAGAAUUUCUCUUGACCAGAAACUGGCCAUGGCUAAAUGCUGCUCUGAUGAGGGUGUUGUAGCAGGAGCAAAGGCAGCCAUUGUUUCAAGCUUUGCAACUGUUGUUCCUACUCUUGCAAGUGUUAGGAUGCCGCCAUGGGCUAGAACAAACCUUAAUCCUACUUCUCAAGUUUUAAUCACUUCAACAGUUGCUGGUGCUACAUACAUCAUUGUUGUAGACAAGACAGUGUUGACUUCUGCAAGGAAGAACUCUUUCAAGGAUGUUAAUUGA